GGAUGGCUUCUUUGUUUGCUAUUUGCUUUCCUGGACGCACAGCCGUAGUAUUCCUAAUUAUUGCAUCUUCUCAAACCACAACUGCAUAUUCAGAAGCUGAGGCCCUCAAAUCAAGUGGGUGGUGGAGUUCCCAUUACACCGAAAACAUCUCCCAUCAUUGCCAGUGGGCAGGCGUAGCUUGUGACGGCGCAGGCCAUGUGGUGAAAAUAGCGCCGCCGUCGACAGUUCCAUUUGGUGUUUGGCUCGGGGGUCCGUUGAACAAUUUAAAUUUUCUUGCACUUCCACACCUGCAUACACUUGAUUUACACUCCCUCGGGCUCACCGGAAUUAUUGCUACUCAGAUUAACGCACUAUUAAAAUUAGUAUAUCUUGAUUUAUCAAUUAAUAAUCUCACGGGUGCUAUUCCUAUUCAAAUAUGUGCACUAACAAAAUUAACAUAUCUUGCUUUGUUAUCCAAUAAUCUCACAGGAGUUAUCCCUACUCAAAUAGGUGCACUAUCAAAACUAGUACGUCUCCAUUUAUCAUAUAAUAGGCUCACGGGUGCUAUCCCCAUUCAAAUAUGUGCACUAUCGCAAUUAAUAUAUCUCGAUUUGUCAUUUAAUAGUCUUACAGGUGUUAUCCCUACUCAAAUAGGUGCACUAUCGCAACUAAUAUAUCUCGAUUUGUCAUACAAUAGUCUUACGGGUAUUAUCCCUAUUCAAAUAGGUGCACUAUCAAAACUAAAAUAUCUCAGUUUGUCAUUCAAUACUCUCACGGGUGCUAUCCCUACUCAAAUAGGUGCACUAUCAAAACUAGAAUAUCUCAGUUUGUCAUUCAAUACUCUCACGGGUGCUAUCCCUACUCAAAUAGGUGCACUAUCAAAACUAAAAUAUCUCAGUUUGUCAUUCAAUACUCUCACGGGUGCUAUCCCUACUCAAAUAGGUGCACUAUCAAAACUAGUAUAUCUCUUUUUGUCAUCCAAUAGUCUUAUGGGUACUAUUCCUACUCAAAUAGGUGCACUAUUACAACUAACAUAUCUCGAUUUGUCAUCCAAUAGUCUCAUGGGUGCUGUUCCUACUCAAGUAAAUGCACUAUCACAACUAAUAUAUAUCAACUUGUCUUACAAUGCUUUGGAGGGUCCUAUUCCAAGUGACAUUCGCUGUGAAUUGCCCAAAUGUGAUUUAUUUCCAAAUGGAAAGUUGUUCAAUAAAGAGGAAAGCCAUAGAAACUACACCUCAAUGUUUGUCCCGCUUGCAGUGUUCUUUGCCUUGUUAGUUGUUGUUGGAGGUUUGCACUUGUUCAAAACCAAAGCGAAGAAAUCCAACGUAGAACAACGUGUUACGGAGGAAGGAGAUAUAUUCAAGAUAUGGAAUUUCAACGGAAAGAUUGCGUAUGAGGAUAUUGUGAAGGCAACAGAAGACUUUGAGAUAAGCUACUGUAUUGGGACGGGCGGCUACGGUAGCGUCUAUAGAGCCGAAUUGCCUAAUGGAAGAGUAGUUGCUUUGAAGAUGCUUCAUAGAUUGGAAGGACAGAAUCCGGCAUACGACAAGUGUUUCAGGAAUGAGGCUGAGAUUCUACAAGGAAUAAGGCACCAAAACAUUGUCCAGGCUAUUCGGCUACUGUUUGCACAAACGCUGCAUGUUCCUCAUCCCGUGGAGUUGGAUUGGGCGAAGAGAGUGAAUGUGGUGAAGGGAGUCGCUCAUGCGCUGUCGUACAUGCACCACGACUGCAAUCCACCGAUUCUACACAGGGACGUUUCCUCCAACAAUAUACUCUUGGAUUCAAAGCUCCAAGCACGCCUCGCUGAUUUUGGCAUUGCUAGAUUGUUGGAUCCUCAUUCCUCCAAUCAGACACAACUUGCGGGAACUCGGGAGUUAGCAUACACCAUGGUUGUUAACGAAAAAUGUGAUGUUUAUAGCUUCGGUGUGGUGGCUUUGGAGACAAUGUGUGGUAGUCAUCCAGGUGAAUUCAUUAACUCCAUGGGGCAACGGUCUGGUGAAAACGACAUAAUUCUCCAAGAUUUCAUAGACAAGAGACUGCCUCCACCCGCAAACAUAAUGGUGGCCUCAGAUGUGAUUCGGACAGUCAGCAUUGCACUAGCAUGCUUGCAUCCUAACCCUAAAUCUCGACCCUCCAUGAAAGAGGUGUCUCAAGAACUUCUUAUGGCUUCAUUAUUUGUUCUUUGCAUCACAAUCACCACCAUACUCCUCAUGCCUGCGCACCCCACAACUGCUGAUGACUUAGAAGCUGCGGCCCUCAAGUCCACUUCCUGGUGGACUGCUGAUCACACCGCCAACACCUCCGAUCACUGCAGGUGGGAUUUCAUAACUUGCGACGAUGCAGGCCACGUUGUCGGGAUAACUUGGAAAAAAUACGAUCGAGGCUUAGGGUCAUUGGACGUGCUAAAUUGGCUUGCGCUUCCGCGCCUUGUUAAAAUUCAGCUAUCCGGUGUUUGGCUGCAUGGUGCGAUCCCUGUUCAGAUAGGUGCACUGACGGAGCUGACUCAUCUCGAUUUGUCCACCAAUAAUCUCACGGGUGAGUUUCCUGUCGCGCUCGCCAAACUUACUAAACUAGAAAGUCUAGUCUUAUCUGAGAACGGUCUCUCUGGUCCUAUUCCGCCUCAAGUUGGAAAUCUUAAGAGUCUUGUUGUUUUGGAUUUGAGUGCUAACUACUUCAAUGGGAUCCCUCGUUCGCUAGGUGAAUUGUCGAGUUUGAGUUAUGUGGACUUGUCGAAUAAUGAUAUUAGUGGUGAGUUGCCUCCUUCAAUAGGAAACCUUACAAAGUUAGAGACACUUGACUUGUCAUAUAACCGUCUUUCUGGUCCUGUUUUCCCUGGGAUUGAAAACUUCACCAGGUUGGCGGUUUUGGACUUGAGUGUAAACAACCUCAUUGGUUCUCUUGUUCCGGUUGUGGGCCGGCUGACCACGUUGAGAUCUUUGUCCUUGGGUAGUUUUUUCGAAACUAAUGGCGGUUCAAUUCUUGGUGAGGUAGGAAAGUUGUCCAACCUGGUGGUGCUAAACCUUAUGGGUAGCAAUGUCGUUGGCCCGAUUCCUUCCACGUUAUUCCAUUUAACUAAUUUGGAGACUCUGUCCUUGGCUGGUAAUAAAAUCAAUGGUUCCAUUCCAACAAACAUAGGGAAUCUUACAAGAUUAGUUGAUCUAGACCUUAGUUCUAACGAAAUCACGGGUACGAUCCCUUCCUCCUUAUAUCGACUAACCAGUGUGAGCUUCUUAUCUCUAUCUUCAAACCAAAUCAGUGGCCACAUAGAGAACGGAAUUAGCCAAAUGAAAAGUCUAAUGGAUCUAUACCUUUCAGACAACCGGAUAGACGGUGUCAUCCCAAAUACACUUGUGCAGUUGCCUCAACUUAGACGUCUCGAUCUUUCUUCAAAUCAACUUGCAGGCCGAGUACCACUUGAGAUAGGAGAACUAUCAAGCCUCUCCUUUCUGAACCUCUCCUACAAUAAGUUGUCAGGCGGCAUCCCUUUCCCAUCUAACGAGUCAACAUGGUCCCAUAUGUACAUUUUACAACUGCAACACAACAACUUGAGUGGCACCAUUCCUCUCCAAAUCACAAAGCUCCCCUUCAUUGGCCUGAUUGAUUUAAGUGGAAAUUCAAUUCAAGGACAGAUACCUUAUGAGUUUGGAGUUGGUGAGAGUGCAGGCUUUCUUGGCCUCAAUCUUUCACAUAAUAACCUCUCCGGCCUAAUCCCUCAGUCUCUGUUCCAUUUAUUUACUAUCGACUUGUCUUACAAUGCUUUGGAGGGUCCAAUUCCAGUUGAAAUUUGGUGUAAAUUCCCUAAGAAGGUCUUGUUCCCGAACGAGAAGUUACUUAACGACUCCGACAACUUUCCCUCUUGCAACGAGAAAUACACUGAAGAAAGGCAUAGAAACUACCUCGCCAUUUUUCUUCCACUUGCACUAUUCCUUGCCUUGUUGGUUCUUGGUGGAGGUUUCUACUUGUUCAAAACCAAAGCCAAGAAAUCAAAGCCGGAGCCUCUUGUUACUGAAGAAGGGGACAUAUUCAAGAUAUGGAAUUUCAACGGGAAGAUUGCUUACGAGGACAUUAUUGAGGCAACACAAGACUUUGACAUAAGCUACUGUAUUGGGACUGGAGGCUACGGCAGUGUCUACAGAGCAAAACUGCCUAAUGGAAGAGUUGUCGCUCUGAAGAAGCUUCACAGCUUGGAAGGCGAGAAUCCGAUGUUCGACAAGUGUUUCAGGAACGAGGCUGAGAUUCUACAAGGAAUAAGGCACCAAAACAUUGUCAGGCUAUUCGGCUAUUGUCUGCACAAGCGCUGCAUGUUUCUCAUCUACGAUUACAUGGAGAGGGGGAGCCUGUUUUGCGUCCUGAGGGACGAACAGGAAGCUGUGGAGUUAGAUUGGAUGAAGAGAGUGAAUGUGGUGAAGGGCGUCGCUCAUGCGUUGUCGUACAUGCACCACGACUGCGAUCCAACGAUCCUGCACCGGGACGUUUCCAGUAACAAUAUACUCCUGGACUCAAAGCUCGAAGCUCGUCUAUCUGAUUUUGGCAUUGCUAGACUGUUGGAUCCUAGUUCAUCCAAUCUAACACAAAUUGCAGGAACACAAGGUUAUAUUGCACCAGAGUUAGCGUACACCAUGGUUGUCAACGAAAAAUGUGAUGUUUAUAGCUUCGGAGUUGUAGCUCUGGAGACAAUUUCCGGCAAUCAUCCGGGGGGAUUCAUCAACUCCAUGGCACAACAACUUCGUGAAAAUGACAUAAGUCUCCAAGAUUUCCUAGACAAGAGGUUGCCUCCACCAGCAGAACAAAUACUUGCCUCCGAUGUGGUUCGGAUAGUGCGCAUCGCGCUCGCUUGCGUGAACCGUAACCCAAAGUCUCGGCCGUCGAUGAAACAAGUGUCUCAAGAGCUUCUCGUUGGCAGGCCACCAAUAUUCGCCCGCCCUCUCAAUACCAUAUCCAUGUUGGAGUUAAUGAAUUGAUAUUAUAAAUGAACAAAUUAUCUUUCAAUAAAAAAAAUACUGUAAUAGCAAUUUGUAUCUCUUUUUUUUUUCAAGAAUAAAGCAAUUUACCU